AUGAAUAAAACAGAACAACGGAUCAAACCGUGCAUUUACACUUAUAUUAUUGACGAUUAUACAUGGCGAUUCAGUGAGACUGGUAAUAAAUUUUUUGCUGACUUUGCAAGUAAGCAUGCUUUACUUGCCAAUGCUUCUGAGUACGUACAUUAUGCGGGUGAAUUUCAUCCACGCCCCAAACUUGGUUGGGAUCGAAGUGAUAGUGAAUGGGAGCUCGUAUUUGACAAUGCAUCGGGUACAUAUUCACCAAGUCCUGAUUUAUUCACAAAUUUAAAAAAACUCCUAUUGUUCAAUUUUCCUGGCUUAAAUGUUGUCACGUACGAUUUUAGAGAUCCAUUACUCAAAGAAAGUAUUCAGAAAUUGAAAUUAGCUGCUGAAAAAUAA